AUGUUCAGGAAUAAUUACGAUAAUGACUCUGUCACUUAUUCUCCCACAGGGAGGUUGUUUCAGGUUGAAUAUGCUUUGGAAGCUAUUAAACAAGGCAGCGCAGCUGUUGGUUUAGUAUCUAAGAACUACGUUAUCUUAGCGGCAUUGAAAAGAAAUGCUGAGGAAUUGGGAUCUUAUCAAAAGAAGAUAACGAAGAUUGAUGAUCAUAUGGGUGUGGCUCUUGCUGGAUUGGCUCCUGAUGCAAGAGUUUUAUCUAAUUAUUUGAGGAAGCAAGCAAUGUCAUCAAAAAUGAUUUUUAAUAGACCACUUCUGACUUCAAAGGCAGUAUUGUCAAUUGCGGACAAGGCUCAAGAGAAUACUCAAUCUUAUGGAGGGAGACCCUAUGGUGUUGGACUUUUGGUGUCUGGUUACGACGACACUGGUGCUCAUUUAUUCGAGUUCCAGUCGUCAGGAUCUGUGUUAGAAUACUACGGUGCCGCAAUUGGAGCACGAUCUCAGGCAGCGAGAACCUACUUAGAAAGAAAUUUAGAAACGAUUCGUGCUACUGAAUCGCUUGAGGAGUCAGUGGUUCAUGGUCUAAAUGCUUUAAGGGAUACACUCUCUCAAGACGUCGAGCUCAACUUUAAAAACACAUCGGUAAGCGUGGUUGGAAAAGAUACUGAAUUCACCAUAUAUGAUGAUGAAGAUGUACAGCAGUGGUUGGAUAAAUUGGAUUCAGUUUCAAAUGCCAGAAACAGAGACGAUGACGAUGACGAUGACAAUGACGACGAUAAUGCGGAUGCUGCACAAUCUGAGGUGAAAGAUGAAACAGAGCAAACAGCUUCUACAGAAGAUAGGAUGGAAACGGAUGAUUAG